AUGAUUUUUGUUGUAAUAACUCUCUGUAAGUGUGGUGACCGUACAGGGGCAAUCGCAAAAGUUCUCUUGAACCCUAGUGCCUAUGAAGACGCAACUGAUAACAAUGGCCUCGCACCAGUCCAUGUAGCUUGUCGUCAGGGCACAUUUCGCUUUUUGAAAAGACUGAAAGCAAGCGGGGGAAACCUCAAUCUUCCUGCAGAAGCUCUGUGUCUGCUGCCCAGCCACUUUGCCGCUGCUUUUGGACAUAAGCAAUGCCUAGAAUUGCUGUUAGAAAGGCGGGCUAAGGUUGUCUCGAGAACAACAGAAGGCGCCUCGGUGCAUGCAUUACAUCUGGCAAUUGCAAAUGGGCAUGAAGCCUGUGCUCGUGCGAUCUGUGAUACUCCUGAAGAAAAACGUUAUGAAGGCUGGAGUUUGUGUAUCGUCAUCGAGUCUUCAGGCCCAGUUCUCCAAUGGAUGUACCUUCAAGUUAAUGAGCAACACGGGUUUGCGAUUGAAGACCCUAGGCACACUGCUGGGACGGCAAAGUUUUCUUGUUUGAGCAAACCGGACAUGUCGCCCAAGCUGUGGGUUAGACCUGAGAUGCAUGAGAAUUCGAAAGCAGAGCAUGACGAGAGUGACGUGGAGGACGACAGUGACGAAGACGCGGAAGCUAGUCCAGAGAAUGAUGAUGACAAGGAGUCUGAGUAUCUGACAAGGAUCAAUAGCAACGAUACGAACGUUGCUGUGGUAGCAGAAAAGGAGACGUUUGUGAGCAGGACAGCAAGCUUGGAACCUAAGCAAUCGGGACUCAAGAAAGCUGGUCGCUUGAUGAAAUCAGUCUUUCAUAGCUAG